AUGGACGACGUCCUAAUCGAACUAUUAAACAAGGCGUUGGUCGCGGGCGACGCAUUGAAGGGAAAAAUCUUUGUAGACACUUCUACUAUUCAUCCAGAUACGUCGGAAUGGGCCGCAUCGCGCCUCAGUGAACAUGGCGCAGCAUUUAUAGCAGCUCCAGUUUUCGGCGCUAGUCCCGUGGCAGCCUCUGGGAAGCUGAUAUUCGCGGUUUCCGGGCCUGCUAAGGCGGUUGAAACAACCAGACCAUUUAUCAAGGACGUCAUGGGAUGUAGUAUAAUCGGCAUGGGGGAAGACGUGCGAAAAUCAAGCCUUCUCAAAAUAUCUGGAAACAUUCUUGUAAUCAGCUUCAUGGAAGCGAUUGCCGAAGCGCAGGUAUUUGCCGAAGUUACAGGGAUUGGCAAUCAGCAGCUGGAGGAUUUCAUUGGUAAUAUGUUUGGUCCUGUACUCGAAAGCUACUCAAAGCGUAUCACUACUGGGGCGUAUGCACCGCCGCUGGACACACCUCCCGGGUUUGCAGCGGCUCUUGCAAGUAAAGAUAUGAAACAUGCUCUCUCCAUUGCUGCCAGUCAUGCAACUCGUCUUCCAACCCUCGAAAUUGCAUCAAGUCGUCUUACAUCAGCGCGGGAAUAUGCUGGUGAGUGUUUGGAUAGUUCAGCCAUUUAUGGAACAGGGCGAAUGGAGGCGGGUCUACCUUUUUGGAGCGAAAAGAGUCGGCAGGGAAAUUGA